AUGGAUGAAAGUGCCCCUAGCAUAGCUACCGAUGACAAUUUCUUUGUUUCCUUAUGGAAUAGUAUAUUUAUACCAGGAACCACACCUCAACUAAUUAUGGCUACACACUGUUCUUUUAUAUGCUUAUUUUUUAUAUUAUCUUGGUUAAUAUAUAUGACAAAAGCGCAAAACAUUCAUUUUAUAAUGCUAUUAUUAAUAUCUGUUCUUUUAUGGGGGACUGUGAUUUGGUUUAUCAAUGAAUUACAAUCUGUCAAACUCAAAUCUAAUGAAGAGUUGUUUAAAGAUGAAAAAGAGGAAAAAGAGGAAAAAAAUAACGAAGGAGAAGAGACAAUUGAUAAUAAAAAAAAUAACUGA